CUCUCCCUUCCUUCCAGCCCUCCCCGCGAUUCUCACCCUUUCCUUCACUUUCUCGCCCAGAUUUAAGAAAAACCCUAAAUUGGACCCGAUCUCAUCUAAACAUUGAGACCCUAGAUCUCAAUAUAAUCGAAUGGGGAAACGCAAGGAGCGCCGUCUUGCGGCCAAGAUGGCGUCCGGCCGGCGAGUAAAGCUCGACCUUUUCGAUGAACCCUCGGGAGAUAUAGUGGAUGCUACUGCACAUGAUGAAGUUGGAGGGGAUAUUGACCAGGAUCAUCGUGAUGUGGUCCCUACUUCACCAUCGUCUUCAGGCCAGACACAGGAAAAUCCACUACUACUACUGGGUCAAUAUAGUGAUGAUGAAGUGGAUGGGGGGACUAGCAAGCGGCCGAAAGUUGAUGGUGAUGGGAGUUCAUCAGAUGGCCUGGAUGAGAAGGAGCUUACUGAAAAUUUAGGAGUUACUGAGAAGGAUGAUACUAGCGAUAAACAACAAUCAGGACAAGUUGAUACUGCUGAGAAUCUGGCGGGCACGGAGGGGAAAGAAAAUGACUCUAGCUAUGCAACUGCUGAAGCCAAUGAAACUGAUCCUGUGAAACACGACAAUAUAACCGAACCUUCUGGCAUUCAAGUCAAUGGUGAUUUGGCUGGAGGUUGGAAAAUGGUUGUGCACGAGGAAAGCAAUCAAUAUUAUUACUGGAAUACUGUGACCGGAGAGACUUCAUGGGAAGUACCUCCUGUUUUGGCAGAACAAACCAUUUCUGGUGCGGAAGGAGAUGGUUCACAGUUAGAUCCUCAUCUAACUGAAUCUGCAACCUAUGCGUAUGCGACUGGUGAUCUAGGUGCUAUGGGGGUUGGUCACCUGAUCUCUAAAGAUAUAGGAGAUGGUAGCAGUAUUUUGGAGAGUAAAAAUGAAAAUGGAGAGGUUGGACAUGUUGGUUUCGGAGCCAACCAAACCCUAGUUCAUCAUAAUAAUUCUACAGCUCGCAUAUCAUAUUUCAUUCCAGCUGCACUUUCUGAUUUUGGCUCCUUAGCGCAAAUUAAUGCUGUCAGUGGGGGAGUUCCAAUGACUGAAGGUCAUGUAUUAAAUGAUGGCCAUAAAGAUAAGCAUUACAUUGAACCUAACGGAAAUUGUGGACCAGUGGACGUUCAUUCUUCUCGUGUGGUUAAAUGUUGUGAAAGCUUGUUACAAAGACUGGAAGCACUUGAUAGGUGUGGGAAUCACCUUGAAAGUCAUGAAUGGAUCACAAAGGAGAUACAGAUUAGACUUUCUGAUUGCCGAGCACUUUCAUCGUAUGGUUCUUCUCUUCUUCCUUUCUGGUGGCAUACUGAAGAACAGCUAAAGCAACUUGAAACUACUAUUAGCAAAGGUGAAGCUUCCUUCGUUGUUCUUACUGAUGAACGUGAUGGCAACUUGGAAGAUACACAGAAUUCUUUGUUAAAAGAUGAAGGCCCCUCCCAAAAUGUGGAACUGGAACCUGAAAUGGAAAAUGAAAAAGAUAUAUCAGUUACUGCAAAAAGCUCCUGCCACUCCCCUAGUUUUGGUACAUUGAAGUUACAGACUGAACCCACUAGUCAACCACUUGAGUACAAAACUGUUGCAACUGAUGGAUUUUCUUCUGCUUCUCACCAUUUGAAGGGCGAGCAAGAGCAAGAAAGCAUCCGGGAUUCUAAUCCAAAUUCUGCCUCUGUCAAUUUGGUAACUGAAGGAUUACAUGCUGAUGAUGACAUUGAUAUGGAUGUGGAGAUGGAAGUUGAUGAAGAGCCACCUUCAGGCCAAACAGCUUCUGUGGAUCUGCAUAGUACUGAAUGUCCUAUGCCAUCAGAAGGAAACCAACCGCUCCCAGAAUUUCCUCCACUGCCUUCAAAUGAGCCCAGUGUCCCUCCUCCACCAGAUGAGGAAUGGAUUCCUCCCCCACCUCCUGACAAUGAACCAGCUCCUCCACCUCCCCCUGAAGAACCAUCACUUCCAUCGGUUCCUCCACCUUAUCCUGAUACUGUGCUGUGCCCUCCAUAUCCUGAUCAAUAUAAUGUUGGAUACGCUGCUCCAGUGUAUGGGUAUUAUCCCUCCACAGCAGAUGUUGCAGCAGAAGUCACUGGUGGUAAUUAUUAUGCUGAGGCUGAACAUAGCCAUAUUGCUGGAUUACAGUCGUCAUCUUACUAUGAGCCUGUAGUUACUAGUGCUUCACAUGAAGUGGUUGUUGAUGUGAAUCAAGUUAAACCUGUAGCGUACUAUGAUGUUUCAAGUGGAACCAUUCCUUCUGCACCAGUUGGCACUAGCAUAGGAUCCUCUGGGUACCACAUAGAAUCUGGUCCCUUCACUUAUGCUACUGCUCCAGUAUCAGAUCAUACUGCAUCUGCUGGGUUCACCACAGAUACUGGAAGCAAUUUACCUAAGGGGAAUAGUGAGCUUGGAGCACCUUCAAUUAUUGCCAAGUCUCAGGUACAGGCGGCAUUUGUUGCAUCCAGUGCUCAACCUGUAGGAAGUACUUUGGUCAAUGGGAGUGCUGCAGAUACACUCCCUGUUGCCUCGUCCAAAAACCAAACAAAGGUUAGAAGGAAGAAGCACACAGUUGCAGUUGCUCCAAGCUUGAGGUCUAAUAAGAAGGUUUCUAGUUUGGUUGACAAGUGGAAGGCCGCAAAAGAGGAAUUGCAUAGCGAAGAGGAUGAAGAACCUGAAAAUGCAUAUGAGGUUUUAGAGAAGAAGCGUCAGAAGGAAAUUGAGAAAUGGCGAGCACAACAAAUUGCCAGUGGGGAAGCUCAAGAUAAUGCUAACUUUCUUCCUCUAGGUGGUGACUGGCGCGAAAAGUUGAAGCGCAAGAAGGCAGCAACGAGAAGUGAAGCAGUUCAAACACCACCAGAGGUGGUUGACAAUGAGAAACAGCAACCUGAUCUAGUGGAACUCUCAAAAGAUCUUCCUUCUGGGUGGCAGGCUUAUUGGGAUGAUUCCUUUAAAGAGGUGUACUACGGAAACAGCAUCACGUCUGAGACGACCUGGACUCGGCCUACAAAAUGAAUCCAAAUCCUUUCUGUAUAAAUAUUUUCAUUUACCUGUACCAUCUAUAUAGUUUUUGAGCCUGCUCCAAAAUUUCUAUGCACGACAUGUUGAAAUGCGCUCAAAGAUUAUUGUUGAUUUUUGGCUAUAUGUUGGAGGCCUAAAUUAAUACAGAAAUAGUACCCAAUUUCCGCUUGCACUGCUUCUCUUUUAUCCAGCGCCACCAGCUACUUUGCUCGCCUCUUGCUUCGGAUAAUAUGUUACUACUUGAUCAUCGUCUAGAGCUGUUAUGGGGAACGAUGGUCUACUGCUUCAUUUUAAAAUGGGUGAACUUGUAGAUACGCUGGCUGCUGUACUCUUUUAAGGGUUUAGGCAUUUACUACCGCUACUCUUUUAUUAGCAUUGAGGUUGUAUCUUCAAUACCUAUAAUAUAACAGGGGUUGUCUUCAA